CAUUCAUUUAAUACACAUGUUUUCAGGAAAGAAAGACAAAAAAGAUGAAACACUGGUUGACAAAUUAGCUACCUUUGGCCGAAGAAGAAGAAUAAAAGAAGCGGAAGAAGCUCAAAAUUUGGUUAAAGAAGGAGUUAUAGCUAUUGAUUCUCCAGAUCAACCUAUAAACACAGAACUAUUACCAUCGGAAUAUAUACUGGAAGAAAAUGAAGAGCGGUGUAUGAUAGAAUCAAGUUCAAGAGAAGAUCCAAAUGUUAAAGAAUACAUCCAUAAAUUAAUUGAAUGGAUAAAUGAUGAACUGGUUGUUGAUCGUAUUUUGGUUAAAAACAUUGAGGAAGAUUUAUAUGAUGGACAAGUGCUAGGGAAGUUAAUUGAAAAAUUAGCAGACAUUAAAUUGGAAAUAGUUGAGCUUACCCAAACAGAAGAAGGACAGAAGCAAAAGUUAAAAAUAGUACUUGGGGCAAUUAAUCAUGUAUUAAACAUAUCCUCAAGUCAAGCCAAGUGGACAGUAGAAUCCAUAAGGGGUAAAGACUUGUUAGCUAUUAUAUCUAUACUCUCGGCUAUGGCUCGCAGGUUUGCCCCUAGGUCAGUCAUCCUUUCUUUGCCACAAGGAGCUAUAUUGACAUCAUUGAGCGUGCGCAAGGUGGAAGGAAUGCUUCAAAUUCAACGAACCAAUCACACACUUGGACUAUCAACAGAUGAAAAUCGCAUGACGGAUAAUCAACUUAUCUCCGAUGACCUAAGCAUGGCCAUAGGUAAAAAACGGCGUGACGCAUUCGACACUUUAUUCGAACAUGCUCCACAAAAAUUGGAGGUUGUUGAAAAGUCUCUCCUGACGUUCGCGAGGAAGCAUCUUAACAUUUUAGGUAUCGAUGUCUACGAUUUAGAAAAACAGUUCAACGAUGGGGUGUAUUUGAUUCUGCUCAUGGGGCAAUUGGAAAACUACUUCAUACCUCUUUACGCUUAUAAUUACCAUCCUCAGAGCUUCGAAGAAAAAAUGCCGGAAUGCCCAAGCCUAAGCCUAUAGCUGAAGAUUUGGUAAGUAAAGAUCUGAAAUCGAUAAUGAGAGUACUCUACACCCUAUUUUCCAAAUACAAAAGUCUCUGAAGAACCUUACAAGAUCGCAAUUCAAUUUACACAAUGUAAACAAAUGAAAUAAUGUUACUAUAAAAAUUAUGAACUCUUCCUGCAAUUAAGGAUCUCAUUCAGAUAUUUCACCAUUUAAAUAACCCUAAAAUAAAAUUUAAAAAAGAUAAAUAAUGUUUUGAUAUUGUGCGUUUGAUUUGGUGGUAU